AUGGAUGUGAUAUUCCAGACGCAGGACGGAAGGAGCUUCAAGAUUGAAGUUUCAUUCUUCGCGACAGUACUGGAGAUGAAGAAGAAGAUCCACGAGUGCUACGGCUUCCCCGUUUCCCAUCAGACCCUCGUCUUCCAGGGCGAGUGCAUGGAGGACGACCGCAGGAUCGAGUACUACGGUCUCUUCGAAAGCUCCCGGAUCGUCCUCCUCAGCUCGCCGCCCGGCUUCAGUGCCACCCAGAUUGCCCAGAAGGCCCGGGCCCAAUUUCCCACAAUAGUCGAUAACCCGAUGUUUAUGCAGAAGCUGCGUCCGACCCUGACAGGAUACCAGACGCAGGUUGGCAUGGCGUCACUCCCCCUCCUACCACAGGCCCGCUCUAGAACUCAACAAACUGCCUACGACACGCAGGCUGAAUUCAGCCCAAUGUUUGACAACCCAGCGUUGAGGCAGGAGGUUGAUGUGGGAAUGACGCCACUCCCGUUCUUUUCAAGGGCCGGAUCAAGUGCCAACCGGACAGCCCGCGAGACGCAGGCAGAACUCGAUCCCAUAUUUGACAACCCAGUCUUGAUGCAGGAGCUGGAUGCAGUCCUGACCGGAGACUCGUCAAAGGUCGGUAUGGCGCCGCUCCCGCACGACCGACAGGCCCACCACAGCACCAACCAUACUGCACACGAGACCCAGACCGAGCUCGCUCUCAUAUUCGACGACCAGGUGUUGAAGCGGGAGAUGAAGGUGCCCCUACCAGGAUAUCCGCCGCUACCGCUCUUUUCAAGGCCCAGCUUCAGCGCCAACCAGGCUGCCCAGAAGCUCUAUCCGACCCUGACAGGAUACCGGGCGCAGGCUGGUACGGCGCUACUCCUCCUACCACAGCCCCGCUCUAGAACUCAACAAACUGCCUCCGAUACGCAGGCCGAAUUCAGCCCGAUAUUUGACAACCCAGCGUUGAGACAGGAGGUUGAUGUGGGAAUGGCGCCACUCCCGUUCUUUUCAAGGGCCGGCUCGAGUGCCAACCAGACUGACCUAGAGACGCAGGCAGAACUCGAUCCCAUAUUCGACAACCCAGUCUUGAUGCAGGAGCUGGAGACAGUUCUAACCGGAGGCUUGUCAAAGGUCGGCAUGGGGCCGCUCCCGCUCCACCGACAGGCCCACCACAGCACCAACCAUACUGCACACGAGACCCAGGCCAAUCUCGCUCUCAUAUUCGACGGCCAGGAGUUGAAGCGGGAGACGAAGGUGCCCCCUGCAAGGAUAUCCGCCGCUAACACUCUUUUCAAGGCCCGACUUCAGCGCCAACCAGACUGCCCAGAAGGCUCGGCCCCAAUUCGCCACAACAGCCGACAACCCGGUGUUUAUGCAGAAGCUGUAUCCAACCCUGACAGGAUACAGGGAGCAGGUUGGUAUGGCGCCGCUCCCCCUCCUACCACAGCCCCGCUCUAGAACUCAGCAAACUGCCUCCGACACGCAGGCCGAAUUCAGCCCGAUAUUUGACAACCCAGCGUUGAGGCAGGAGGUUGAUGUGGGAAUGGCGCAGCUCCCGUUCUUUUCAAGGGCCGGCUCGAGCGCCAACCAGACUGACCAAGAGAGGCAGGACCCCAUAUUCGACAACCCGGCGUUGAUGCAGGAGCUGGAGGCGGCCCUGGCAGGAUACUCGCCGGCCUCGCUUUUUUCAUGUCACGGCUCGAGCGACAACCAGCCUGCCCACGAGACGCAGGCUGAACUUGAUGAGAAGCGACAAAGACGGAGCCUACGACCGCGUCAAUAGCGCACCUGGGAAGCCCAUUAAUGCUCAUUCCUUCUUGAGAGGUUAUAAGUAACCUCGUGUAGCCCUAAGAACAAUUGGAGAGAAAAGAGAUUAGUUCGAGGUUUACCUCUUUCGCUCCGCAAGGAGAGGCCGUGAGGGUCAUUGCUCCGGAAGGAGAGGCCGUGAGAGGCCGUGAGGGUCAUUCGCUCCGCAAGGAGAGGCCGUGAGAGGCCGUGAGGGUCAUUCGCUCCGCAAGGAGAGGCCGUGAGAGGCCGUGAGGGUCAUUCGCUCCGCAAGGAGAGGCCGUGAGGGUCACUUAUCCAUCGCCACCACCGCCACCACCGCCAUACCUUGCCACCUCCAACCGCUGCCAGCUUUCGCUCCGUUCCUUCCACCGCCGUCCGCCGUCACCAUCCGCGACCGCUGACACCUUCCCUAUCUUCACCUCCGCCGCCCGCUGCCAUCCUCCGGCCGCAUCCGUUCCCCCUAUUCCCCCGCCGCCUUCCAUUCCUCCGCCCUGCACGACUAAUGCGUGUUUCUUUCCUCGCUUUUUCGCCCACCGGUUAGGUUUAAAGGCCACCGGUUCGUGAUACCGCGACCCGCAAGCUUGAACCGGACCGGCUCCGCCUGAGCCCAACUGGCUUGACAACCUGGUCCGAGCCCAGCUGUGUCCCAGUCCGAACCAUCUCGGGCCUCAGGUUCAAACCAGCGCCUCCCGCAGGUCAGGUUUCAGCCGGACCACCUGGUCCGUGCCAGCCGCUCCACUGGUUCGAGCCAGUCUACGCAAUCAACUCAUUCAACGACCCGGUCAACAUUUAGCGACUGGUCGGCGGGUCAACAUAAAGGUCAACUUUCAAAAGUGCGUUUGAGCUUCAACUCGUUAUCUUCCACUACGCAGUUACCUUUUCUGGUCACAAGGUUAUCUCUGAAUACUCUUCGUUUUAAAUUUGAGCAUUUUGUUCAUUUAUAGGUUCACUUAUCUUCAUAUCUGGUGGCUAGUGUGACGAGUGCUAACUUAGUUUGCAUCCGAUUGACUUAUUGACUGUGCAGCACAUCCUAAUCAUUAGUGAUUUCUUAAUCGCAUUUGAUCCUUUAUUUCAGGUAUUGCUGGAAACCUUCUUUAGACUAGUCUAGUCAUUUUCAUCGUCUCCUCCCCAUAUUUGACAACCUUGCCUUGGUGCUGGAGCUGGAGGCAGCCCUGAUGGGGGACCGCCCAAAGGUCGGCAUUGCGCCUCUAACCGCUCCACCCACAACCCACCACAGCGCCAACCAGACUGCCCACGAAAUCAAGGGUGAACUCGCACCCAUAUUCGACCACAAGACAUUGAAGCCGGAGACUGAGGCGGCCCUGCUAGGAUACCAUAUUGAUAACCUGGCCUUGGUAUAGGAGCUGGACGCAGUCCUGACAGGAGACCCGCCAAUGGUCAGCAUGGCGCAGCUCCUGUUCCAUCCACAUCCCCACCGGCAGCACUAACCAGACCGUCCACGCAACCCAGGCCGAGCCCGCUCCCCGUUUUUGACGGCCAGGCGUUGAAGAAGGAGAUGGAGGCGGCCCUGCCAGGAACCCCGCCGCUCCCGCUCCUUUUAAGGUCGAAGUCGAUCCUAUAUUCGACUACCCGGCGUUGAUGCAGGAGCUGGAGGCGCCCCUACCAACCUACCUGCAGCCUCCGCCCCUCACACCACUUCGCUCCAGAGCUAACCAAACCACCAACAAUACACAGCAAGCCCAACUCGCCCCAAGAGUUGACGACGACCCUGCGUCGACCCUGGAGCUGGAGGCAGCACUGAUAGGAUACCAGCCGAAGGCCGGCAUGACGAGACCGAGACCGCCCACUCACAACUCCGUAUUCGCCUCAAUAGUUGGCAACUCGGCGUCGAAGCGCAGGCCUUUCAGGGAAACGAAAAUCUUGGUUCCAAGUUCUCAGACAGACCUGACAGGAUAUCGGCCGCAGAUUGGCAUGCACAGCUUCCGUUCCUUCCACUCCCUCACAUCAGCGCCAACCAGGACAGCCACGAGAUGCGGAACCCUGCCGUGUCCGACUCCAUUGUUGACCAUAGCGGGUCCAAGAGAAGGCUUAGCAGUAAUACUAAAAUGUUCACCGCGAAGUUGGGGAUGA